GUGGCUGCACGUCUCGUCCGGCUCUAGUUUUUUUACGCGAUGUCGGCUGAUCUUUUCUCAUCCGUGACCGAACAACAACCCCCGACCGGCCUAUAAGAAGACGCAGAUCGCCGCUCGGGCUUUGCGACUGGGGUUCGACUUCGACGUGAAAAGAGACCGUCUGUUCCGAGGUUUUGCUUCCAUGUCGACGAGAGGCGGCGAGGCCGCGAGGCAGGCGACGGUGAAGAUCAUCGAGACGGUGCACGUGGAGGCGGACCGGUACAGCUUCAAGUCCAUCGUCCAGAGGCUCACGGGGAGAGACGCGGUGGUCGGCGGCGGCGGCGACUACUCGGAAGGGGCGCCCGACCGUGGAUCAUAUGAAGAGGCGGCGGCGCAGCGGGCUGCUGGGUUUACGAGCAAGCAAGCGAGCAGGCCCUUCGCUGAUCGCCACGCGUGUAAAGACGAGAGCUGUUGAUGUCCAUCUGUAAUUUGUUUUCUUUUUUUUUUGGAACUUUGAAUCAGCGCUCCAUAUAGAUACUAGGGUGUAUUUGGUUCAACCAACCAAUUGUAGAUUUAUGAAAACCUAUAUAUUCCACUAGUUCAAUUGAGAAUCAA